AUGGAGGUGAAGUCAGCAGAUGACUGCAAGCACAUAGAGAAUAGAAGGCCCCGCACGCCAAGCCCCGCUCUGCCAUCCACACUGACAGGCCGUGGAACACAGCAAGAACCCGCCUCACGAGCUUCGUCUAAUCCACUCUCUGACCUGAGCACCUCCAGGCCCCGCCUUCCGAGCUCCGCCCCUCCCUCGGCUCCCUUAGGCUUUGGAGCACCACGAGGCGAGCCUCAAGAGCUCCGCCCAGCCCCCUGCUGGGACAGAGCACCCGGAGCCUUGCGACCUGGCCUCGCUCCUCAUCCUGCACCCACUGCUCGCUGGAUACCACGGGUCCCCCAGGCUCCCUGGACUGGCUUCUGCGGUCGCCAUGACCGCGGCAGUGUUCUUCGGUUGCGCCUUCAUCGCCUUCGGGCCCGCGCUCGCUCUCUACAUUUUCACCAUCGCCACCGAUCCUUUGCGCGUCAUCUUCCUCAUCGUCGGGUGAAACUGCCCCAAGUCCUUGACACAGCGGGUCUCCUCCCGCGCCGGGGCUCCCAUGACCUCGGGGAUCACCACCCCCAGUAUCUCCAGCCUGUGGGACAGCGAGGGCUGAAAGGAGGGGAGGAGCCUGCCCCCCUGAGAGGGUCUGAGGAGAAGGGCAGGCUGAGCAGGCGCCCCUGCGGAUCUAGGCUUCUGUGGGCUAAGUGUGGCAACACUGAGAUACAUUCCUGUGUGGAGCCUUCGUCUUCCCGUAGGAGACCCCAUCUCCCCAGUGCCUUCUUCUGGCUGGUAUCUCUUCUGCUUUCAUCUGUUUUCUGGUACCUAGUGAGAGUCAUUACUGACAACAGAGAUGGACCUAUACAGAAGUACCUACUCAUCUUCGGAGUGUUGCUCUCUGUCUGUAUCCAAGAACUGUUCAGGCUUGCAUAUUAUAGACUGUUAAAAAGAGACAGCGAGGGUUUGAAGAGCAUAAACCCUGAGGAGACAGCACCCUCAAUGAGACUGUUGGCCUAUGUUUCUGGCUUGGGCUUUGGAAUCAUGAGUGGAGUGUUUUCCUUUGUGAACACCCUGUCUGACUCCUUGGGGCCAGGCACAGUGGGCAUCCAUGGGGAUUCUCCACAGUUCUUCCUUAAUUCAGGAAGACUGUUUAAACUGGCUCUGCUGGGCUCCUUCCCCAUUGCUUCUGAUCCAUCAGUGGACCUUCCUAAGUCCUUAUUAUGGAGCAAAUCUGGUAUCAGCAUUUAUAAUCAUGGUGUUCAUGGGCAUCUGGGCAUUUUUUGUUGCUGGAGGUAGCUGCCGAAGCCUGAAACUCUGCCUGCUCUGCCAAGACAAGGACUUUCUUCUUCACAACCAGCGCUCCAGAUAACCUCCGACAGUCAGCACCUCCAGAAUGCAACCCGUGACUUUAGAGGAAGCACAGCUGUGUCCUUCCCCUUUGCUCCUGUAACUUAGAUGCAACGGAACUGUCUAAUCUGGAACUGUCCAUGUGCUCUCAUGCAGCAGCCUCUGGAAGAGCUGCAGUGUAGCCUUCAGCCUGGCUGCACAUUUGAAUCACCUGGGGAAGUAAAGGUUGAUGCUUCUGGGCUUCCCCUCCAGACUUGAUUAUCCUGGAUGUGCAGCUGAGAAUCACUGAGGUCCAAUGGGAAGUUCUGAGAACAACCAAAGAGAAUGAGGUUUGGUAUUUAACUGUCUCCUAAGCCAACUUCUGCUGAGCAAGUAAAUUUCUGAAUUAGUAA